GGCUCCGCGGCGCAUUGUGGGAUCUGUCCACUGAGGGGUUGUGGAGGACACGCCGCUUGAUCAUGGGGAUUCAGCCGAACCCAGUCCUGCUGGCCUCCCUGGGGGUGGGGCUGCUGACUUUGCUAGGCCUGGCUGUGGUAUCCUACCUGGUUCGGAGGUCCCGCCGGCCGCGGGUCACUCUCGUGGAUCCAAAUGAGAGGUAUCUGCUGCGACUGCUAGACAAGACGACUGUGAGCCACAACACGAAGAGAUUUCGCUUUGCCCUGCCCACCGCCCAACACAUUCUAGGGUUGCCUGUGGGCAAGCAUGUGUACCUCUCUGCUCGCAUCGAUGGCAGCCUGGUCAUCAGACCAUACACUCCUGUCACCAGUGAUGAGGACCAAGGCUACGUGGACCUUGUUAUCAAGGUCUACCUGAAAGGUGUACACCCCAAGUUUCCUCAGGGAGGGAAGAUGUCUCAGUACCUGGAUAGCCUGAAGAUUGGAGAUGUAGUGGAGUUUCGAGGCCCAAGUGGGUUGCUCACUUACAUUGGGAAAGGGAAUUUUAACAUUCAGCCCAACAAAAAAUCUCCACCAGAAUGCCGAGUGGCAAACAAACUGGGAAUGAUUGCCGGUGGAACAGGGAUCACCCCGAUGCUACAACUGAUCCGGGCCAUCAUGAAAGAUCCUGAAGAUCCAACUCAGUGCUUUCUGCUUUUUGCCAACCAG